GCGGUUUAUCACAUGCUCUAUCUUUUUUCCAAUGUAGUACAGAACUGGCUAAACUAUAUGCCUAGAGUAGUAUGUAUAUAAGGAUGACCAGUAUACAUAAAGCUGCAUGCCUAGGCUAUCGACAGAGAAGAAAUAGGAGAAAAAAAGAAAGAUGACAUGCCAUUGCCCCCUCGAGUCGAUCAAUCUGCUCUCCGACCUCGGCCGACUGACAGUCCUUGAUCUGGCGGCCGUCCUCAACCUGCUGAACCGCGUCCACCUUCACGGCGCGAGUGUCUUCAGCUGUGCGGAGUGUACAGAGAAAAAGGCGAAAUCAAUGACAGCUGCGUCGACCCAGUCGGCUGUGCAUACGCUUUGUGCCAUUGUGGAGGCAUGUCUCCCAUUACUCGAGGGGGUGUGCACUACGUACAACAUUAACGUCAGUGUCAACGUCAACGUCCACAACAUCAACCUGACGAACAGAAUGGAGAUGAGUAUGAAUCGAAUCGAUAUGAAUGGCACCUUUGACGAUAUGAUCUUUGUGGAUUCACUCCCUACCCUUGUGCUGCAGAGUAAAGCACGGCUAGGCCAGCUGGAGAUCGAGGGCGGGGAGAUGCUCCUCCUCGUUCGCAUCGUGGUGGGCAGGAACUUACUCCUGCUGGCUGAGAUGCUGGAGAGAGUGAGAAAGAUUGAUACGCGAGGAGGGGAGGUGGAAGGACUGAUUCGACGGUGUGUGCUUAUGAUGGAGGGGGUGGGAUAUUCUUGAUUCUCUUUGUAUUGGCUGGCUAGCAGAAUACAGAGACAGAGAGACAUGAAAGAAACAAUAGACGAAAGACGAGAAUACCAGAUUCGACGUCGACAUCAGUGUAAAGCAAGAGAAGCAAGUAAAACAUAACUGAACAAUGAAGAAUAGUGAAGCAAUUUAAUUGAAUCACAAUCACGGUUGAUCUGCAGUAAUCACCAGAGAGAACCACGCUCGUAAGGCCGUUCGAAUUGGCCCACCCACUGAC